AUCGUUUGAACUCUUCAUUGACGUUUGUCCGCCGCGCUCAACUUAGAAAUCACAUAGGGGUGCAAGAGAUAGAUUAUUAGAAUGUCUUCGUGGAUACAGCGGCACGCUGGCUCCCAGCAGACACAGCUUGCCGCUACGGCUGUGCUCUCGGGGGCCGCUGUUGCAGGAGCUAUCUUUGGGUAUCAGGCGCUCAAAAGGAAAGAAGCCGUCAAGGAAUUGAAAGCCUCUAUUCCGAGUAUCGAUGAGAAACAUAUUGCCGGGAAGCUUACGAAAUUCGGCGGCGCAGACCCUGUACAACAAUUGAGCAAGGAAGAUGAGCGCAGUGCGGCGCUUGCGCGCAGGGCGCAGUUGGGAGACUACGACGACGAGCUUAUCCUUGAGCAACUUGCCCGUAAUCGUGUCUUCCUCACCGAUGAGGGUCUUGAGAAGCUUCGUUCAUCAUUCAUAAUAGUUGUGGGAUGUGGAGGUGUCGGAUCGCAUGCUGCAGCUUCCCUUUCCCGGUCGGGUGUCUCUAAGAUACGACUGAUUGAUUUCGACCAAGUCACAUUAUCCUCUCUAAACCGACACGCUCUCGCGACGCUUGCUGACGUCGGUACACCGAAGGUGCACUGCAUCCGCAAACGGUUGGAACAAAUUACACCAUGGACUAAGUUUGACUGCCGAAACGAACUCUUUACCGGAUCUGUUGCCGACGGUUUACUUGCUCCGUGGUCGAUGGACGAUAGUGACAAAGGGCGAAAGCCAGACUACGUGCUGGACUGUAUUGAUAACAUCACCUCCAAGGUCGAGCUGCUACAUUACUGUCAUUCACACUCGAUUCCCGUGAUUUCUUCAAUGGGCGCAGGAUGCAAGUCCGACCCUACAUGCGUAACAGUGGGCGAUAUCUCGACCAGCACGGACGAUCCUCUCUCGCGCAGCACUCGCCGACGUCUUAAGAUCCUCGGAGUAAGCACUGGUAUUCCGGUAGUAUUUUCAACGGAGAAGCCUGGCCCAGGCAAGGCUAGUCUCUUGCCACUUGCAGAGGAAGAGUUCAAUAAGGGCCAGGUUGGCGAGCUCAGCGUUCUGCCAGACUUCCGCGCACGCAUCCUACCUGUUCUUGGAACCAUGCCCGCAGUUUUUGGAUACACCGUAGCAAACCAUGUCAUCUGUGAUAUUGCAGGUUACCCAAGAGACUACAGCAUUGCCAGAAAAGGCAAGGAUAAAAUAUAUGACUCGGUCCAGACGGCUACCCAGGGUUUCAUGGAGCGGUUGGUUAGAGUUGAGGUUGGUCAACAUAUCAUUGGCCUUCGUCUUCCAAUUACCAAGGACGACGUCGUUUUCCUUGUGGACGAAAUCUGGCGAGGAAAGAGUGCUAUCACCGGCCUUCCUGGCCGACUUAUCCUCGUUCCAUGGGAGCGACCCGCUCGCGGCUUUGUGCCUGACCCUGAGUGGGAGAAACAAGGACAGAAAUUCCUUCCGUUUGAGCUGAAGGACCUUGUGUGUAUGACUAAGGAGGAAAGUGCCAAACACGAGAAGGAAGUUCUCCUGGGCGAGAAGAAACCGGAAGACUUAUAUGACGAGAAAACGAUCCAGAGGGUCAAGGAGCGAAUGGAGGAGGCAGGAUUCUACGAAAAAUAUCGGUAGAUGACUUGUUUUCAAUCUUGUAACAUAAAAUAUUAUGAAGCAUGAAGUUUAC